AGGUUUAUAAUAUACAGGUUGAACCAAGUACACUUCUCCAGGGUGAACUCCUGCAUAUAACCUGGGAUAUAGUGAAUCCCGAACAAGGGUGGAGUAAUUAUAUUACUUGGGUUUCUGUUGAUGAUAAUAAGAAAUAUGACAAUAUUAUAUGGAAAUCAAAUAUGAACACGAAAGAAUAUUAUUGGCCAGUAAAUUUACCUUCUGGCAGUUAUUAUAUCUUUAUAAAUAAUCUAAAGUCUAAUACUUUCUUUGUCACUGAACAAGAAAGCGAUAUUAAAAACAUUAAUUCUGGAGGUCGAUCAUACAUGUGCGUGGAUACUGGCGAAGCUGGUGAUACUUCUGGUGACGAUUAUUCUGAUACUCCCGAUGACGGUAGCGAUUAUUCUGAUACUCCCGAUGACGGUAGCGAUUAUUCUGAUACUCCCGAUGACGGUAGCGAUUCUUCUGAUACUCCCGAUGACGGUAGCGAUUCUUCUGAUACUCCUGAUGACGGUUCUUCUGAUAGCGAUUCUUCUGAUACUCCCGAUGACAGUUAUUAA